CCAAAAUACAGCAGGAAGAUGUCAGUUGGAGCUCAGCUGUAGUUUUUUUUGUUAUAUAUAUAGCCGUUAAGAAACAGAAUCGGGCUUUUUUGGCAUAGUUUCUAUCGAGGUGUAACAGUAAACAUAGCAGUCUACCAUGGAGUCACCUCUCCUGCCUCCACACGUCUCUCCCGGUGCCUCAAGGAGCACCUGUCGUCCCGACAUCCUUUGCGUGUCCAAUAUGGAAGAAUUGGUGGUGGAGGUCCGUGGCUCCAACGGGGCUUAUUACAAGGGCGUUGUCAAAGAUAUCCACGAUGACUCUCUCACCAUUGCCUUUGAGAACAAUUGGCAGCCAGAGCGCCAGGUUCCCUUCCAUGAUGUCAGGAUGCCACCGCACGCUGACUGCAAGAACGAGAUUGGAGAGGGCGAGGAGGUGGAGAUCCUCUCCAGAGCCAAUGAUCAAGAGCCUUGUGGUUGGUGGCUGGCUAAAGUCUGCAUGAUGAAGGGAGAUUUUUACGUGAUAGAGUAUGCAGCCUGCGACGCCACCUACAAUGAGAUCGUGACCUUUGAGCGUCUGCGUCCGAUCAACGCUAACAAGGCCAUCACCAAGAACUCCUUUACCAAGUGCACUGUCCCUGUUCCUCAGGAUCUACAAGAAGCGUGCCAGAAUGAUGGCGCCCAUAAGGAGUUUAAGAAAGCCGUGGGAGCCUGUCGCAUCACAUACUGCCCUGAGACCAGCGAACUAGUGAUUGUGUCUACCAAUGAGGCGACAGUGAAGCGUGUGUCCUUGCUGAGCGACAUGCACCUGCGCAGCAUCAGGACCAAGCUGCUGCUGAUGUCACGCAACCACGAGGCCACAAAACACCUGGAGACCUCCAGGCAGCUGGUGUCGUCCUUCCAGGAGGAGUUCAUGGUCAGAACGGAUCUGAUGGGCCUGGCCAUCGGCAGCCACGGCAGCAACAUCCAGCAGGCGCGCAAAGUUCCAGGAGUCUCUGCCAUCGACCUGGAUGAGGAGACUGGAACUUUCAGGAUUUAUGGAGAGACAGCGGAGGCUGUGAAGAAAGCCAGGAACUACCUGGAGUUUCUGGAGGACUUUGUCGAGGUGCCCAGGGCCCUUGUUGGCAAAGUGAUCGGUAAGAACGGGAAGGUCAUCCAGGAGAUUGUGGACAAGUCGGGUGUGGUGAGGGUUAGGAUAGAAGGAGACAAGGACAACAAGCAGCCCCGACCGGAAACGACACAGGGAAUGGUCCCAUUCACAUUUGUCGGAACUAAGGAGAGUAUCGGCAACGUUCAGGUCUUGCUGGAGUACCACAUCUCUUAUCUCAAUGACAUGGCGGAGCUUCUUGCAGAGAGACAGCAGCUAGGGGAAGAGCUGAGGAGGCAGUUUGUGGAUAAUACACAGGGAAGCAGCCUAGUGAGACUCAGAAUAAACAGCACGAGGCCCACUGGAUGUGAUGUGGAUGAGGUGGAAGAGCUCCGUCUGGAGAGGAUGCAGAUUGAUGAACAGUUGCGUCAGGUCACCCAGGGUCACCGCCCAGGUGACAGAGAGAGGGGAGAGAGGGGGGAAAGAGGAGGAGGAGGGUACAAUACAGAUGGCAGUGCCAACGCCUCCUCUUCCUCUUUACAUGGCAGUCGCUCUUACAACGGUCAAGGGCGCGGGCGCAGAGGCCACGGCUACAGCACCGGAUAUGGCACCAACUCUGAGCAGUCCAACGCCUCUGAGACAGACUCAGAGCGCAGGGAUGAGCUCAGCGACUGGUCCCUGGCUGCAGACGAUCAGGACAGGGAGAGGGAGAGAGGCUCCCGGCCACAGAGAGACAGCCGCAGGAGGCCCGGACCCGGCAGAGGCAGAGGAGGGCCUGGAGGUCGGGGGAGAGGAGGAAGAGGAGGAUACAGCAACAGCUCUGCCGGGCCUCGCGACCAUGACGAUAACAGUGCCUACAGAGUUGCGGAGGCAAACACUGAGACAGACCAGACUGCUGAUACGGAUGCAAGCGAGUCCAACUUGCCUGCAAACCGACGCAGGAGAUCCCGAAGGCGCAGAACAGACGAGGAAACCACUCUGAUGGACGGCAUGAGCGAGUCGGACAACACCUCAAUGAGCGAAAAUGGAAUAGAUGACUCAGAAGCUAAACCUCAGCGUCGUAACCGUAGUCGACGUCGCCGCGCCCGCCUGCCUGAGGAGAGGCAGCCAGUGUCAGUGGCUGACUACAUAUCCCGGGCUGAUUCUCAGAGCAGAGAGAUGACAACCACCAAGGACACCAAUAAAAACAAAGAUGUGGGUCAGGUGGAUGCCAUUGCUGAGGACAGCCCGCCGUCGGCCCCGGCAACUACCAACGGCUCUAACAACAAUGCUGGAGACGGUGAGCGCAACAAGUCUCCCGCCAAAGUCUCCUACCAAGGGGACUGCAACCCACAACCUGUCGCUAACGGGCUCUCCUAGUCAGACCUGGGCGAAGGAAAUGGUUUCAAAUAUUUGAAAUUCUUUGGCUGCACUCAAUUGAAUCUCCCUGUCUCUGGAGCAGCUUUGUAAGGAAAGCAUUUAAAGCACUGUUCUCUUUUUUACAAGUAUUUGAAACCUGUUCUGCAGUUUAAGAGGUCUGAACUCCCCUUUACACAUGUUCUGUCCAACUAUUCAUUUGAAUCGGUUUUUUAUUAUUACGAUAGUUCUUCCUGUAUAAGCUUGCCAAAGAUAGUCAAACACACACGGACAUCUACUUAACUGUAAUUCUCAGUCCACUCUUCACUGAAUGCAGUAUUUAUAAAAUGCAGACAGGGAUUAUUGGUAAAAAAACAAUAUCAUAGCAGGAUUUUAGAAUGUGUCUGCCUUUUACCAGGUGGACUCACAACCUUUUUUCAGGAUGUUUUGUGCAUCUGAAGUAGUACAUAAAAUAUUCUGCAUGAGCAGCACCACCACCGUACAGAUAGGUUUGUUCGGAAACCCAAGUAUGUCUGACAUACAUGUGAUCAUCUGUUGUGCCUUGAGAGUAGAUUCAACAUGUUGUUGCCUGGCUCUGCACAACAUCUGAAAUCUUUUCACUUAUUUCCGUGUUACUCCAUCAGCCCCGCCUCCUUGUACUGCAUGGGUCCUUCUAGCACUGUAGGCAGGUGGAGGCCAACACUGAAAGAGUGUGAAAGGAUUUCGGAGGCAUAUCUCUAUAAAAUCAGGUGUGUCUAUUCUUAAUGUUUGUGGAGAAAAUGAGUCCAGUUAUCCUUUAUAUAUAUAUAUAUAUAUAAAUAUAUCUGUUGAGGAGUUUGACAUUAGCUGCUUUCUGUUUUUCAAUAUGCAACCACUUUGGUCAUAUAAGAAUUGUUAUAACUGCGUGUCUGGAAAAGAAACAAACAAUUGAGGAGUUGUUUUCUUCGCACUGAAACAUAACCUUUUUUUCUCUUUAAAAAAUUGAUUGUAGUUGAGUCUGGAAACUGUCCUGUUAAGUGCUGGACAGAAAUGUAGCCAUCAGUGAAACAUCGAAUUAACAUCAGGCACUUCGAAUUUAGAGCAAGAGGGUUGACGAGUGCUGUUUUCUGCCAUAACUCCAGCUAAAUGAAGAGAAUCAAAGCUCAUUUAGAGCGUCUUAGGGGCUAUAUACCCUUUGUGUGCCCCUUAUUGCAAAAGUCCUGUGUUGACAACCCUGGUGUGAUGUUGCUAGAAAACAAAGCCCAGGUGACGAUGAUGUCAUUUUCAUGGUUCUUCCACAGACUGGCUAGCUGGAAACUGGUCACGACUGUUCCACUAAGAAAGGAGAUUUAUUUGGUUUAUUUAUUUUAAAAUGUACAGUAUUUAAAAAAAAAAAGCAAAAAAAAGAGAAGCUCUCCUUUUUCUUGACACUAAAAUAUGCGUUACCUAGGUUUUUUUGAGACAAAUGACAAUUUGGACUACUGAGAGUUGUGACAUCCCAAGUGUUUUUGUUGGGUCACCUACAGUAUGUUUUGUUUUUUUAAAGGAUCAUUCUGGUUGGUUGAUGUGCAAUAUGUUUUGUAUGCAGGUAGUUCUUAAAUAAACUCGAUCUUCCAUGUAGAUCUAAAACUCAA